AUGAAAAAUGUCAUCAAUUUCAGCACAGGCAUUCCUCGUUCCACUCGAACUUUCACCAGUUCCUCUCUCCAAGUCUAUCAACAUACAUCGAUUGCCUCCUCUUCACUCAUUUACAAUUAUGGAGGAGAAGAUUCGAAUGGUUUCUGGACCAAUCGAUUGAGUGUGUUAAAUCUUGCCACAGUAACUGGUACAAGUGCCAUUAAAAAACAAUACAGUGCCAAGCUUAAAUCUUUAGAAUGGGAGAAACCCAAAUAUAAUUCAUUUCCUCCCAAGAAAGAUGGACAUGUCAUGAUGUUGAGUAGUGGCACUCCAAAGAAAAUAUUUCUAUUUGGAGGAAAUGACAAUCAGAAUAUUUCUGGAAAUAACAAUGCUCUCUAUUCGAUCGAUUUGGAGAAUUUAACAUGGAAAAUUGAAAUGAAACAUCAACAAGAAGAAAAUUCUCGACCUCUGGGAAGAUCUCAUUCUGCAUUUACACAAAUUAAGAAUUGUUUGUACAUGUUCGGAGGAAAGAUUACUGCAUUGCAAUCAUCCAAUUCUACUGAUUCAACACAGACGGUCUCGGUCAAAACUUUGGAUGAUUUUUGGGUGUUUAAUUGUGAGAAUUUAACUUGGAAGAAACUUUCGAACAAGUUGUCAAAUUCUUCAACUCUUCCAAAAUUAACUGGAGCUACUUUGUGUGCCUCUUCGAAGGGUACUGACUUGUUCUUGUAUGGAGGAGCCUGUGGUAAAGAAUACAGUAAUGAACUGUACAAGUAUUCUGUUAAGAAUGAUUCAUGGGAAUGCAUCACUUCCAAAAUGAAAGGUGACAUUCCCAAAUUUGGUAGAGAACGUCAUGCAUGUUGUUUGAUCUCAAAAUCCAAUGAAAUGCUCAUUAGUGGAGGUUGGAUCUUUGGUGGUGUGAGUUCACAAAUUCUCUCUCUUCAUUUAGAUACAUUGAUUUGGAAAAAUGUGAAUAUUUCGAUGGGAUCAGGAUCCAACAAUGCCUUCGAUUCCAAAUUAUUACAACGAUAUGGACAUUCAAUGGUUGCAUUGGAAGGUCCAAUUCAAAACAAUUCAGAACAGUUUAUGGUCAUGAUUGGAGGAAAGGAUUUGACCAUGAAUAAUCGUUCCGAAGUAAUUUUGAUUGCAUUGAAUUCCAAAGAUUUGACAUGGACCAGUGUUUCACAAAGUAUUGGACAGAAACAAGCGUCUGAGAGUGCAUUGAGUGAGGAAUGGACACGUUACGAGAAGGUCAGUGGAUUCUUGCCAGCCACUCCCAUGUCCGAUGAUUACUUGUCGAGUAUGUUGGGAGUACCUUCGAGUUCGACAUCGACUGCAUCCGUCACGAAUACGACCUGUUUGAGUGGUGCUGGUGCUCAGACACCUCCUGCAGUGCCAAAACGUCCUUCCUUCUCAAAAGCAAGUACAAGUGGCAGCGAGACCAAACAAGAGAGUGAGGUUGUUUCAUCCAUAUCCAACAAUACUCCACCCUCCAUUCCAAAACGUCCAGUGAGAAAGGAGGAAGACUCAAAGAAGACAACGAUCACAAUUGAACAGACACAAGAACCAAAGAAGACAGCAGUGGUCAGUGAGACGAAACCAGCAACAAGCUCAUCUUUCAAGACUGCCAAAACUGCAACCACAGUUUCAUCGGAUGCUAUUUCUGAGAAAUUGCAAGAAGCUGAACAACGUCCAAAGCUUGAACUCGCAAAAAAGCAAACUAGAAUGCAACAAAGAAAACCAAAAACUGUCAAUGCAGAUUUAUCAAAAUUGGAUAAGGUUACCAAAGAAGCAACUCUUGACGUUCCAGAUGAUUCCAAAUUCAAAAAGUUGGAAAUUGAAUCAAAGAAAAUUGUCACUCCAUCCACCAGUGAAGAACAGCCAUCAGAAAGCAGUACAGAAAACAGCUCAACCCAAGAUAAGAAACCAAAGUUUGGUGUUGGAAUGGGAGGUGGUAACAUGAUGAUGAACGAAUUGGCAUCCAAGCUCAAUAAGAAAAAAUAA